GACAGACAUUGGCUGGUUGGUGAUUAAUUCGGUUUCGGUUUUUUGUUUUGUAUUUUUCUGUAAUUUGCAGUUUUAAUUAAGGUUUAUUAUUUGGAAAAAAAACUGUGCUUCGUAAACUUUACAUAUUCGAAAAAUGUCAACUUUACAGCCUAUUCAUGCCCUAAGUUUAGAUUCCAUUCAACAGCAGGCAUUUAUAAAAUACUUCCAUUCAUUACCUGAAAAACCACCGACAACAGUUCGCAUCUUCGACCGCAAUGACUAUUACAGCGUCCACGGCGUGGAUGCCCACACUUCAGCCAGGGAGGUGUUCUCUUCCAUAUCGAACAUCAAGAAAAUGGGCAUCGAACCCAACCGGCUGGAUUACCUGGUGCUCUCCAAAGGAAACUUCGAGAUUCUCAUCAAGAAAUUGUUGCUGGUAAGGCGUUACCGAGUGGAGAUAUACGUCGCAGAGGGUUCAGUGAAGAACAGCGAUUGGGUGCUGAAAUACAAAGGCUCUCCUGGAUGUCUCUCACAGUUGGAGGAGGUUCUAGGGGAAGGACUGGGAGGAUCAGACGAGAAUACGCCCUGCCUCAUGGCUGUUAAUAUAAAGACGGAUGCUGUGAGCAAAGGUCGUCUCCUCGGUGUAGCGUGCAUUACGGCUGGUGACUACCAAAUGUCAGUGACGGAGUUCACAGAUGACGAUUUACUGACGGAAUUGGAGACAAUUACUGUCCAGAUGGCCCCUUCAGAAUGCCUGGUGCCGCAGGCAGAAAAUGACGACUACAAAAUGUUGAAGCAAGUGAUGGCCAGAGCAAAUGUAACCGUAACAAAACUGAAGAAGAGUGAAUUUUCAACUGAAGGCCUGCACCAAGACCUGAACCGAUUAUUAAAAUUCAAAGAUGACCAGCAGCAGGACUGUAAUGCCUUCCCAGAAACGAGGAAAGAGACUGCCAUGACCUGUUUGGCAGCUGCGAUAAAAUAUAUUGCACUGUUGAAUGACAGCACUAAUUUCGCAAGAUUCCGCCUGACCACAAUCCAAGCGGAUUGCUUCCUGCACUUAGACGCGGCCGCGUUGUCCGCUCUAAACGUGUUCCCAGAGUUGGGCGAUACGUCCCACGCGCCGUCCCGAAGCCUGCUGGGACUGUUAGAUAGGUGCAGAACUCAGCAGGGGAAGCGACUCCUCGCCCAAUGGCUGCGCCAGCCGCUCCGCGAUAUAAACCUGAUCAACGAGCGUCUUGACAUAGUGGAACUGCUAGUGCGUAGUUCUCAGCUCCGCUUGCAGCUGUAUGAAGACCACCUGCGAAGGAUUCCGGACUUGCAAGCGCUGGCCAGGCGGCUCUCGAGGAAGAAGGCCAAUCUGCACGACUGCUAUAGGAUCUAUCAGGCCAUAAACAGGCUGCCGGCACUUCUGCAGUGCCUAGCGGAGGCAGACAACUCGACGGUACACUCUUCACUGUCCGAGCCCAUAUCAGAACUGAACGACGACCUUAACAAAUACCAGCAGAUGAUCGAGGCUACUAUGGACAUGGAAGCAGUUGAAAGAGGCGAUUUCCUGGUGAAACCAUCUUUCGAUGAAAAUCUCCAAAGUCUCGGCGAACAGUUAGAACAGCUUCAGUCUUCAGCUGACAAAGAAUUGAACAAAGCGGCAAGGGACCUCGGCUUAGACGCUGGAAAGACCGUAAAACUAGAAACGAACCCACAGGGAGGCUUCUGUUUUAGAGUGACACUAAAAGAGGAACAAACGCUUCGUGGAAACAAAAAAUACACGAUAAUCGACGCUGUGAAAGGAGGCGUCAGGUUUAAGACCAAUAAUUUGGAAAACAUCUCUGAAGAAUAUGUUCAUACAAAGUCUUCAUAUGAAAAAGAACAAGAUAAAGUAGUUGCUGAAAUCGUCGGAAUUGCAGCUGGCUAUUCCGAAUGCCUGUUCUGUUUAUCCCACAUCCUGGCCCGUUUAGACGUGUUGGUAUCCUUCGCCGUGGCAGCAUCCACCGCGCCCUACCCGUACUGCCGGCCGGUGCUAACAGAGAGCCUGGACGAACUGGUGCUGAAGGAUGUCAGACAUCCGUGCCUUGAGGUGCAGGAAGGAGUGUCUUAUAUUCCCAAUGACGUGGUCUUUAAACGAGGCGAGUGCAUAAUGCACAUAGUGACAGGAGCCAACAUGGGCGGCAAGUCGACCUGGAUGCGCUCCUGCGGCGUUUCCAUCCUCAUGGCGCACGCGGGCUGCCUCCUACCGGCCGCCGCCGCCACGAUCCCGCGCCUGAGGGCACUCGCGGCCCGCGUGGGCGCCGCCGACAGGGAGGACAAGGGACAGAGCACCUUCAUGCUGGAGAUGAUCGAGUCCGCCGCCAUCCUGCGGACAGCGACGCCGGAUUCCUUGGUCCUCGUCGAUGAACUAGGCCGUGGCACAUCUACCUACGAGGGAUGUGGAAUUGCCUGGGCUAUAGCAGAGGAGCUAGCCACAAAGUGCCAAUGCUUCUGCCUGUUCGCGACCCACUACCACGAGCUGACGCGACUCCCCGCGGCGCUGCCCGGCCGCGUCGUCAACUCGCACGCCGAGGCCGCCGUAGCUGAUCAGCAACUGAUCCUGCUGCACAAGAUAGCGCCGGGGCCCGCUACGCACUCGCUGGGACUCCACGUGGCUAGGCUUGCUGACCUCCCAGACUCUAUCAUUGAGUAUGCUGAAGAGAAGCAAGCUCAGCUCGAAACGAACAUGUUUGAAGCUGAAACUUCUGUUAAAUCCCAAGAGGUUUCAGAAGGUCAGAAUCUCAUACAAGAAUUUUUGAAGAAAUGCAAACGUUUAGAAGAGUCGACGCCGUCAGACGACACCCUUGCAGAAGCGAUAGGGAAACUGAAGCACGACUUGAUGCAACAAAACAACAAGUACGUCCAGUCCAUAAUGGCGUAAUUAUUAUGUAAGCAUUAAAAUAAAAUCCAUUGUGUAACUAAA